CGUCGUCGUCGUCGUCGUCGUCGUCGUCGUCGAAGUCGCGAGUGCGAGCGGGGCGGUGGGCCGCGCCGGCGCCGCGGCCGCCGUCAGGAGCGAAGGCGGCGCCGUCGCCGUCAGGGCCGGGGGGCGCGCGAGCGGCGCGAGCGCCGGCUCGAGCCACGCGGGCCGCCGCGCGGCGCGCGCGGCGUCGGGAAGCAGCGCGCGGAGCGCGGCGGCCCGCGGGUGCGCGGGGUCGCGGAGCGCCAUGCCCGCGUAGGUCCGGAGCGCGGCGACGCGCUCGUACUCGUCGAGGACGGCGUCGGACGUCGCGGGCCGCCGCGCGCGCUCGACGGCGUCGC